AUGCUACAGAGCGACAUUUGUGCGAAUCCUCAGCUUUUCGUAGGUGGCACCAGCCGAUUUGACGUUGAACAGGGACAGCUAGGUGACUGUUGGUUUCUGGCUGCUACAGCUGGUCUCUCUCUGGAUGAUCAUCUCCUCCAGAAGGUCAUUCCCCCUGACCAGAACUUUAACCUGGGAAUCGUCAAGUUCAACUUCUGGCACUAUGGCAAAUGGAUUACCAUCAUCGUUGAUGACAGGCUACCCACAUACAAUGACAAACUCGUCUUUGUGCACUCCAAGGAUCAAAAUGAGUUCUGGAGUGCCCUCCUGGAGAAGGCUUAUGCCAAGCUCCAUGGCUCCUACGAAUGCUUGAAGGGUGGCAACGUUAUCGAGGCCAUGGAAGACUUCACAGGUGGAGUCUCUGAAUCCGUUGAUCUGAAACAGAACCCACCCAAGAAUUUCUUUCGUCUUCUCAAAGUAGCGUAUGACAGGGAUUCACAGUUGGGCUGCUCCAUCAAUGCUAAACCAGGAGAAACAGAGGCCAAGGCAGGGCUUGGAUUGAUUGCUGGACAUGCCUACACCAUCACGGAUGUUCAAAAGGCAAAAUUUUCCUCAGGUAGGGAGGUGAAGUUGAUCAGGAUUCGCAACCCAUGGGGUCAGGGCGAAUGGGAAGGACCCUGGAGUGAUGGAUCUAAUGAGUGGAGAAAUGUAUCUCAACAGGAGCGUACUAGGCUUGGACUGGUCUCUAAUGAUGAUGGGGAAUUCUGGAUGGAAUUCAGUGAUUUUAUGAGGUAUUAUGAUAGGGUUGACAUAUGUCACCUGGGUGCCGACACCAUGACUGGCAAGAGAAAGAAGAAGUGGCAGUCUACCUCACAUGAGGGCAAAUGGCAAAGAGGAUGCACUGCUGGAGGAUGCCGCAACUUUCCCGACACGUUCUGGAUCAAUCCCCAGAUUGAACUCGUUUUGGAGGAGGAAGAUGACGAGGAUGAUUUGGGAGAUGGAGAGGAAGAUCCCGCACAAAAAGGGAAAGGUUCUACCUUCCUCGUCGCCCUCAUGCAGAAGAACAGACGAGAGAUGCGUAAGAUGGGUGUUGACAACCUCACCUGUGGUUUCUCAAUUUACCAGGUUGACGGCUCCUUUAAUGCCUCAGUUGGACUCCCGAAGGACCAUUUCCUGUACAAUGCAUCUACAGCUCGAUCACCAACAUUCACCAACACUCGUGAGAUAAGCGGAAGAUUCAAACUCCCACCAGGACGCUAUGUGAUCCUUCCUUCGACCUUUGAACCCAACCAAGAAGGUGACUUCCUCUUGCGUAUCUUUUCCAUGAAGGUGGCUAAGGGAGUGACCGUUAACCAACAGUCUAGCAUGGAUAUUAAACCACAGCAGAAUGUAAAGGCAGCCUCGGAUCCAUAUGUUGCUCCCAGUGCCCCUGUCAAGCCACUUCCAGCUCAGGAUGAGGCACAGACUGCCAAAUUCCGAGAGUUCUUCAAGAAGCUCACAGGGGAUGAUAUGGAAGUGGACGCCUGGGAACUGCAGGAGAUCUUAAACGCAGCCCUCAAACGAGAUCUCCGAGGGAAAGAUGACGAGCUUCAGGGCGGUGGAUUCAGCCUGGAAUCUUGCAAGAGUAUGGUUGCUCUUACCGAUGAUGAUCGAUCUGGCAAACUUGGAUUUGAAGAGUUCAGGGAACUUUGGCAGAGCAUCAGUGCUUGGAAGGGUGUUUUUAAGAAGUAUGAUACUGACAACUCUGGAACAUUCAAUGGAUAUGAAUUGAGGAGUGCACUCACAUCGCUUGGAUUCAAACUGAGCAACGAAACUUUCAGUGCUCUGAUUUUGCGUUAUGCUGAUAAGAGGGGUAUGAUUACAUUUGACUCCUUCAUCGGUGCUGCCAUCAAGCUCAAGUAUAUGUUCACAUCCUAUUCAAGCUCUCGUGGCAAUUUUGGAUUAGAUGAUUUCCUGAUGUUGAGUCUCUAUUCUUAGACCAGAUGUGGAUUAGGAGGAGUGAGCUUGGAUGGAGACAAAUUGUUAUCAGGGUCAAAGGUUAUCAUGGUCAUUACAGACCAAGUCAUGUCUCUCACACAUUGGGGAUCAUACAUUGUAUUUUAUAAAAUUCAAAAGGAAACACUUUAUAUCGAUAGCAAAGCCAAUGUUUUUCAUUUGUAAUAUGAUUAUAUUGAUUAUAAUGCAAUUAAUUAUUAUGUCACAGAAAGGAGUGUAGCUCAUCUAAUAGAAAAUGAAUAGACAUAGAAUUUGUCUAGUUAUCACAAAAAUUUCUAAAAAUGUAUUUAUGUGUCUUAUCACCUACAUGUGUAGGUGAUCUAACUGGUGUUAUACCAUUGAACUUCAGUAAUUUGAUAUUGAACUUAUUAGGGGCCAGAUAAUUACCAUGGCAAAUCCAAUCUCGAUAUUUUUUGUCCAAGUGACUAAUAACAUUUUGUGUAUGUAAUACUUGCAGUUUUAGUUGUUUUUUUCUACUCUAUGAUAUAGUUUGAAAUAGAAGUCAAAGAAGCUUUUCUAUCCUUAGUUUGUGUGAUAAAUAUGUAUGUUUUGUUGCUUGAAAUCAUGUUCAAAAGAAUGAUCAAGUUAAUGUUUGAUUAAUUUUGCUUAGGUAGAAUUGUGAAUAUCACAUUAUCUUUACUGCACUCUUAUAGCCAGCCAUAACUGAUAAUGGAAGCUCAUAGAUGAACACAAGAAUGGGAAGAUAAAACCUUGUACAGAGCAUGAUAAUAUAGUAUAUAUGUAUUCAGUAUCAUUAGAGUGUGUACUUAAAGUGCAUUUUGUGAUAGAAUUUAAUAGUAUGUGCUUGUAUAUUUUCAAUUAAUUUUAAGACACCCAUACUAUCAAGGUGUCUUUAUGCCGACAUCACAGUUACAUUUAUUUUCACCGAGUGAAAAUCAUGAAUUUAUCAUAUCCUUACAUGUGUUAAUAGCAUUUUUUUCACUGUACCAUGAAUUCCAAAAGGUAUUGAGAGAAAAAAUGCCAGUGUUUUCAGAAUUACAUCAAAAUAUUUAUUUUCACUGUAUCUUCCAUGUUUAAGAAUUUCAGGGUGCAACAACUAUGAAUGUUAGGAAUAUAAGGGUCCUGUCAAAUUAUAAAAGAAAAACAGUACUUUGUUUCGGGUGCACCACUACUGCCACUUGCCUUCAUAAAAAUCUAUUCUUAUCAUGGAUGCAAAUCAAUGUAAGUUAUUAUAAAAGAAGGAAUUGUACUUGGAAAUCAUAUGCUUUAGAUUGACAAAACUAAGACAUCAAUAAUACUCAAAUAUACUCAAUAAUAUUCCAAUAAUAAUUAUUCAAAUACUACUUUUAACAAGUAGAAAGAUUCUCAUUUUAAUUUGUAUAUAAUGAAAUGUUGACAAAUGUGUAAUUGUUACUGUAGUCACGGUUUAUAUUUGGAAACUGAAUAUAAAUUAUUUAAGAUGUGGUUAAGAAAUCAUGUUGAAACAAAUUAAUCUGAUAUAUCUGUAUCACAUUUAAACAUAUACACUGAAAACUUUCACAUGACAAUUCUAUUUUUUCAAAAAUAAGGAUAGAAAUAUAUAGUAGGUUGCCCAGGUGCCAUGAUUUUUGUCAUAGUAAUCAUGCCUUCAGAUAAAAAGAAAUAUAUAUGCAACUAUCUUCCUCACUUAUUGAAUUACACAACUUUUACAUGUUUCAUAUUCUGUUUAGUUGUUUCUUGUAAUAAUGAUUUUAAUGUUUUUUGUAUCAAAAAAUUGUAUUCAUUGUAUCUUGGGGGUAUAAAAUGCAGUAAUGUUAUUCUGACUAAUGCACUUUGCAAUAAUUUUACCUCUGGGGGCAACAUGUUUUCUACUGGCACAUCAAGUGCUCUUUUUCAGAUAAUAAGGUGAAACUAUGCUUGGAAAACGUUUUGAGAUGUAAGAAUAAUUGUAUUAUAUUGGACUAAAGUGUUUUUUUUUUAAUCAAUAGAUUGUUUAGUGUAGUUGCAAGUUCAGAUAAGUGAAAAGAUAUAUAUGAAAAAAAUGGUAAUAUGGUUGACUUAUACAGACCUCUAAAGUUGUUAAAUUGCUUAUCUUGGGCAGUGCGUGGUGUAAGGGUAGCAGAAUAAUAAAUUGAAAUUCAUCACA